AUGAAUACCUGUUUUGUCCUUUAGGAUAAAGCAAAACAAUUGAAUGGUUCCAGACAUGUACCAUUACUCAAGGCAUUGCUGAAUAUUUUUCAUUUGAAAUGGCUAAUUGUUUGCUUUGCUACUUGUUCUUCAUUAUUCUCCUUGUAGAUCAUGGAUUAGGCUUUAAUGAAUGCAACAUAUCAAGAUGUGGGAGCUUCGGACCACCAGUCCGAUUUCCCUUCCGAAUCAGAGGCAAACAACCACCCCACUGUGGCUAUCCUCAACCUGGGUUUCAUCUUUCUUGCUCGGAGAAUAAUGAAACUGUGCUGGAGCUGCCUAAUUCAUGGAAACUUUUCGUCCAAGAAAUUGAUUAUAAAUCUCAAGUGAUUUAUGCAAAAGAUUCAGGAGGUUGCCUUCCAAGACGGCUUAUUUUGAACUUGAAUCUAUCCGUUUCUCCCUUCGAGAUAAUGAAUAGAAAGAAGAACAUCACCUUAUUCAAAUGCCCAUCAAGGAAAAUGAAAGAUUUGUUUAAUAACAUAUGGCAGAUCCCUUGCCUCAGUGAUCUACACUAUGAUGUCCUUGCCAUUUUGUCAGACUGGUCCAUUGUUGAUCCCGACAUAGUAUAUUGCACCAAGAUACAUGACUAUUCAGAAGUUGCGUCCAUUGAUAGUGUGGAGUACCAGGAGUACAUUCUUCUAUUGAAUUGGUACAAUCCAACAUGUAAAUUUUGUGAAGCAAAAGGCAAGUACUGUAGAUUGAAGAUGAACACCAUUGAUUCUGAAACUGAAUGCUACGGAAGUAUCAAGCCAACUAAAGGGGCUUCAACAAAGAUUAUAGCAACAGGUGUAAUCCUAGGCACAGUCCUCCUUGUAGCAACAGCCAUUCUACUCUACCGUAGAUAUAAUUUCAAUAAAAUGGAAAAAGAAUAUCAGUCCAAGAUUGAAAAUUUUUUGGACGACUACAAAUCUUUCAAGCCUACUAGAUAUUCCUAUGCUGAUAUUAAGAGGAUGACUAACCAAUUUAAAGACGAAUUGGGCCAAGGAGCUUAUGGAACUGUGUUUAGAGGAAAGCUAUCUGAUGAAAUUCUAGUUGCGGUUAAGGUCCUCAACAAUUCCAAAGGAAAUGGAGAGGAGUUCGUUAAUGAAGUUGGAACAAUAGGCAAAAUCCACCAUGUCAAUGUGGUUCGGUUGAUUGGAUUCUGCGCUGAUGGGUUUAGACGAGCUUUAGUUUACGAGUACUUGCCAAAUGAUUCACUGCAGAAAUUCAUAUCUUCAGCAGAUGACAAGAACCAUUUCCUUGGCUGGAAAAGGCUGCAAGAUAUAGCACUUGGCAUUGCUAAAGGAAUUGAGUAUCUUCAUCAGGGGUGUGAUCAGAGAAUCCUCCACUUUGAUAUCAAACCGCAUAACAUCCUGCUUGAUCACGACUUCAAUCCAAAAAUCUCUGAUUUUGGUCUGGCUAAGUUUUGUGCUAAGGAUCAAAGUGCUGUGUCCAUGACAACAGCUAGGGGCACCAUUGGCUACAUCGCACCUGAAGUGUUCUCAAGGAACUUUAGGAAUGUUUCGUACAAGGCAGAUGUUUAUAGCUUUGGAAUGUUAGUAUUAGAAAUGGUUGGAGGAAGGAAAAUUAUUGAUGUAACUGAGGAAAAUGAUGAGCAAAUAUACUUCCCAGAAUGGAUUUAUAAUCUUUUGGAAGAAGGAGAAGACCUUAGGUUCCAAAUUGAGGAAGUAGGAGAUGCUAAAAUUGCGAAGAAACUAGCAAUUGUUGGACUCUGGUGCAUUCAGUGGAACCCAGUCGAUCGCCCCUCCAUAAAAGUUGCUAUUCAUAUGUUGGAAGGUGAAGGAGAGAAUCUAACAAUACCUCCUAAUCCAUUUAACUCUGCCGUUCGGACAAGAAACAUUGCAAGAAUUUCAAGAAAACGACCCCCCUUAGAGUUGGAUGUCGUCUCAGAAACAGAGUAGAAAUCAUAACAUGUACCUUACAGUUACUUCUUAGCAUAUUUGCCCAGAAAUGUAUAAAUGUGGACAUUAGUUUGUGAACAAUUCUUGCCUGGUUUUCAAAUAUGUAAUGUAUUGUACUCCAAAAUUGAUUCCAAGAACACUUUUGAAA